AUGGAGGAGACUGAUUCUGACACAAAUAUGCGCUUACAAAGGCGCACACGGGUGCCGAGAGUUUUAUUGCCCCGUUGUGGUCUUCAUGCUCUAACUGAUUCUGAAAUUAAAAAAAGGUUCAGGCUCAACAGAUCAACUAUUUUAGAUUUAUAUGGACUAAUACGACAUGAACUAGAACCGAGCACAAGAAGGACAAGAUCAAUCCCAGGAAUAGUGAAAUGUUUGGCUGUGCUACAUUUCUUGGCUACUGGAUCUUUUCAAUCGGUGUCCAGUCCAAUUGUAGGAAUGAUUCAGCCAUCAUUUUCAAGGCAUAUGGGUGUUAUGUUAAAGGCAAUUUUAAAACAUCUAAACAAAUAUAUAUGUGUUCCAAAGAAUUCAGAACAGUGGUACAGGAUAAAAAUUGUAUUUUAUAAUGUUGCAGGGAUUCCCAAUGUGCUAAGUGAUAUAGACUGCACUCACAUUGCAUUGGUACCACCUUCAUCAGUUGAGGAACAGUACCGAAAAAGUAAAAGUUUUUACUCCUUCAAUGUCCAAGCAGUGUGUGAUGCGAAGCUUCAGAUUUGGGAAGUGAGGUCUGGGUUUCCUGGUUCAUGCCAUUACUACCACAUACUAAAGCAAUCACAAUUAUAUACAUCUUUUGAACGUGGUGAAAUGCCACAUGGAUGGCUAUUAGCUGAUAGUGGCUAUCCUUGUUUACAAUGGCUUUUAACACCAGUGCCAAAUCCUAACUGUGAUUCUGAAAUUCAUUUUAACGAAGCACAUCGAAGUACAAGGAGCAAGGAGUGCAGUUGA